GGAGGGAACUGGGUGUAAAUAAACACACGUUAGACGUUUUAAAAGCUAUAGCUAACAACACUCGCAUUUUUGUGUAUAUGACAUAUUGUACCGGGGAAGUAAAAUGUCAACUGACGGAAACAAGAAACAAUUCUGGAAAAGAAACACAGCUAAGGUCCCUGGCAGCAUACAACACGUGUAUGGUGCUCAACAUCCUCCUUUCGACCCUCUUCUGCAUGCUAAUCUAAUCAAAGCGGGCAUCAAGCCCCAGACGACACCGGGAGGGAAGCCAAAGAAAGCCACCACCUUCCAGGAGUUUGAGAGCAUCACCAGCGAUGCCUGGGACGUGGGGGACGAUGACGACGAGCUGCUCGCCAUGGCCGCACAGAACCUCAACAUCGAGGUCGUCAUGGAAACCGCCAACAAGGUUAUCGAGAACCACAGCAAGCAGCAGGAGAAGCAGAGACAGGACGAUGCCGGCGCGUCAGAACUGGAGGAGAGAGAGGAAGAGGACACAGAAGAGGAAGAGCAGGGGGAGGAAGGGGAGGAAUCGACCCCUGAGGUGUCGUUUGCCUCUGAGCCCAGCCCGCUCAGCGAUGGCAGACUUGUGAAGUCACUGAGUGAGGCCCCCAUCGGAUCACCUAAGGAUGCGGCCGGAGAGAGAGCGUCGCUCCACAGACAGCAGUCCCUGCCCCACCGGCCCACCAUCCCCAUGGUGGCUCGUAUAGCUGACCAGAACACCUCCGGGACCCCAGCCAUGACGGAGAGAGAGGCCUCUCGCCUGGACAAGUUCAGACAGGUCCUGGCUGGACCAAACACUGACCUUGAUGAAUUACGAAAGUUGAGCUGGUCUGGAAUUCCGCGCCAGGUUCGUCCAAUCACGUGGAAGCUCCUUUCGGGUUACCUUCCUGCCAACACAGAGAGGAGAGAGAGCACGCUACAGAGGAAGAGACAGGAAUACUUUGGUUUCAUAGAACAGUACUACGACUCACGCAAUGACGAGCACCACCAAGACACAUACAGACAGAUUCGUAUAGACAUCCCCCGGAUGAGUCCGGAGUGUCUAUUGCUGCAGCCUAUGGUGACAGAGAUUCACAUUGACAUACCGAGAACUAAUCCCCUUAUUCCUCUCUUUCAACAAGCUUCUGUCCAAGAGAUCUUUGAGCGUAUCCUGUUCAUCUGGGCGAUCCGCCACCCGGCCAGCGGCUACGUGCAGGGCAUCAACGACCUCGUCACGCCUUUCUUCGUCGUCUAUGUCUUUGAGUACAUCAAGGAGGAGGUGGAGAACUUUGACGUGUCCAGCUUGCAGGAGGAGACUUUGCGGAACAUCGAGGCUGACAGUUUCUGGUGCAUGAGCAAGCUGUUGGACGGGAUUCAGGACAACUACACAUUUGCCCAGCCGGGGAUCCAAAUAAAAGUGAAGGAUCUGGAGGAGUUGGUCAGCAGGAUCGAUGAAAUGGUGCACGUCCACAUGCAGCAGUAUGAAGUGGAGUAUCUCCAGUUUGCCUUCCGUUGGAUGAACAACCUGCUGAUGAGAGAGCUGCCGUUACGCUGCACUAUACGCCUCUGGGACACCUACCAGGCUGAACCAGAGGGAUUCUCUCACUUCCAUCUCUACGUGUGUGCUGCUUUCCUGGUACGAUGGAGGAAAGCUAUUCUGGAUGAGAGAGAUUUCCAGGGUCUGAUGAUCCUGCUGCAGAACCUACCCACCAUGCACUGGGGCAACGAGGAGGUCAGCGUGCUCCUGGCCGAGGCCUACAGGCUGAAGUUUGCCUUCGCUGACGCCCCCAACCACUACAAGAGAUGAGUGUGGCCCAUGUGGCCCCUGACAGUUAGCUACUGAACCCCUGACAGAGGCCCCCUGGAGGACGGAUGGACCCCCUCCUCGACUUUCUUGUCCCUCGGCAGUCCACGACCAUUGCUACUAGUAGAUUAAAACAAAAAUAACAUUUAGGUCCCAAAUGCCACCCUAUUCUCUACAAAGUGCAUUACUUUUGACCAGAGCCCCAAGUAGUGCACUAUGUAGCGAAUAGGGUGCCAUUUGGGAAGCAUCCAACCAGUGCUUCUUGGUAUGUGUGUACCGUUCCAACCGACUGUUCUUCUUAACUCCUCUUCUCUUUGUUCUUAACAAUGAAAUUACAUUUGUGCAACACUGCAACAACAUCAAUGCCUGUCCCAUCGAAGUAGACCCCAGCCAAACAAGAAAGACCUCCAGUCAGUAUGAUAAUGGAGAUCUUGCUGCAGACCCAUGGAUGACUGUUCUAGACUGUCCUGUAUUGUACUGUUUGUCCCUGACUGGCCACAGCAGCCUCAACAUGUCCCGAGACCUAAUGAAUAAAUUGUAGGCCUGAACUAACCCAGUGUGGGGGGGUAGAGAGCGAGACCUUCUGUACUAGGUUGAUAUCUGUCACUUUUAAUUCCUAAGGAAACUGAGGACACACACGUCAUCAUUCUAGUCAUCCCGAGCUGGCAUCGAGCUCUUCUCUCAUCUCCACGCUCCAUGCUUUCAGUUCAAGACAAGCGGUCAAUCCCCCAGAGACAAGUGGGUUUUUAGUUCAAAACAGAAACACAUUCACAUAAAAGGCAAUAAUUAGCUAAUAGGGAGAUCAGAAAGUAUGUAUUAUUAUGGGUGGUUUCAUUCUGACUCUGACAUGGUCCGCAGGGCUGGGUCUAAUAAUAUAACGUCUAACAACACUCUCUGAACUCUAUCGUAUUAUGUCAGAUAUUUGUGAUAUUUGUCGGUUGGCUGAGGGAGGGACGAGUGUCGCGUGACUCUGCCUGACGUACGAUCGUCUCUGAACCUAGGACUCACUACCUAACUCGAUCAGUCUAUUAGUUAGACACGUUGGCACAGCACCAUGCAGUGGUGAGCAGUCACCUUUUAGGCCAGGAGAUUUCCUAGUUAGGUCACAUGGUCUGAAAAAAAAAAAACUCCAGGCCGUAGCCCUUUACACUCGUAACUGGUUGAUAAUGGCAGAUUUGGGCACUAGUAAACAACUACAUUGGAACGCAGUGGCUGUACAGUAACGUGCUAUACAUGUCAGAGCUCUGGCUCUGCGCUUCACAGCGCUGGAUGGGGUUUUGACUGACAGCCGUUCUGAACUUGAGCACCUCGUGUGACCUUGUUGUGAAUGAGAAUGUGUUUUCAGUCAAUUUACCGGGUAAAACAAAACAUUGCUGUGCAUCUUUGAAAGAUGAGGCAUUGAGGAUUAUAAUAAAUACAGUUUUGUCAUGCAAGCAAGACAAACACCCAUGAGUUCAAAUAUGCACUUCACAUUUCCAUAUCAUAAAACUCAUGUCAUAUAUAGUGUCAAUGUUCAUGAUCACUAUGUUUGAUAUACAGUUACAAGAUGGCAUGGUGUCAUACACUGCGUUGUUCUGAACAGAAUGAGCCUAUGUUUGUCUAUUGUGAAGAGAAUUUGCCACGGCAGACACACUUGAAUGCACUCAAGACUCCUUUCUUUGCGCACCAAGAUUAUCAUCUGUUUCCCUGAAUUGCAUUGUGAAAGCAAGUAAUAUCGCAUUUUAUAACUUUGCUAGUCGUUUUGGCAAUAGAACAAGCUUUCAAAUGAUGCCCACCUGACUCAGAUUGCGAUUUAUAAUGGACCGUUUUUGGAUUGCGUAAACAACAACAGUAAUUGUGUGAUGACGGGAAUGCAGGGUUGUGUUCAAAACAAAACAACUACAAGUGUAUUUGCGCUAGUUCCUUAACGGCACAGCUAGGAGAGCUCAUAAAGGCACAUUAUAGAUGAAGACAUAAUGCUUUGAAAUUACCUAGGAACUGUGGACACUGGAGAGGUAUGUGGCCACAAGGAGACACCAGUUAGUCCUCUCACUCAAACCCUUGUAAUCGUUUUGUCUUAUGUUGCACCUACCCCACAUUGUCCAGGAAUGUUCUUAUCAUGUUACUGAAAAAAUCCAGAGUAUUUUUUGAAUUUGUUACCAACAAAUGCUGUUAAAGUACAGUAAAUGUAGAACGCACAUAAAAUCAAGUCUAAUCAUUUUCCCAUAAACUCCUAACGGUUCCCUUUCAAUUGCUACCAUGGUCAUGCAUAUGCUUUUCAUAUUUCUUCUGUAAGAAACAUUUCAAUUUAGCCCUAUCCAUAUAGUCCGAUUUCCACGAGUGUAAAGGGUUACAAAUGACUCCCCAAAACACAGAAAUAGGGACCGUGAGUUUAGUUUUUUUCUGGUCAGGCUGCGUGGUCAGGCAAAACUCCUGGACUAUGACAAUUUGUCAUAGGGCCCAUAGUUAGAUUUUUGGAAAAGAUAAACUAAAUUGCUGACACGGGUCAUUGUACCCUGUGUUCGUUAUUCAGUCUAUUCAUAAACACUUACUGACUGAGGGUGUUAGGGUGUGAUACAUUAACUCUCUCCAUUUGCCUUAAUUUGACUGCUUAGGUUUUUUAUUUGAUGUACCAAACAUGAGGUAGCAACUAGCAAGGUUGCCUGAGGUAGCAACUACCACCAUUUUGGUGUAGAGCCCUCAAACUCAACUCAGUUCCACACCUGUUUUUCAUUGUUCCCCUCUAAUCGGGAACUGAUUUAGACUUCGGACAACAGGUGGGUGCAAUUAAUUAUCAGGUAGAACAGAAAGACAGCAGGCUCUGCACCACGUGGGUUAAGAGUUGUAUACCCCUUGUGUAGAGGAUUGCUAUAUGAUGUUGAAAUAAUAUGUACAACUUGUAUCAUCAAGAACAUCCUGUCAGGUAACACUGAAUACCAAUAAUUGUUGCAUGAACCCCUCGAUGAUGUGUGUUGUUGAUAUGUGGGUUGGGAGUGUAUGUAUAGAUGGGGCAGCUUAAUACUCUCAGUAUUUGAACCUCCUCAGCUUCUUUUGAUCAUGUCGGUAACGCUUUUGCGCUCCAUGUCAGCUCCAGGCCCAAUUUCCUAUUCUCUCAUUGAUUAGAAAUGAAAAAAACUACACUUGAUAAAAGUACAUUUUCUUCCCUUUUUUUGUACGAAAUAUAUCAUUUGGAAUCAGCUUUAAAAAUCAGUCUCUCUACCUUUUUUCUAUACUGUUUACAUGAGCCUAUUAAGUUGUGCCUAAUGUAGAGAUAGCAGAUCAUCAUAGAUAUUUAUUUUACCUUAAUUUAAGCUCUGCAAAUGAAACGAGAACGUUUAUUCAGUUGAUGCAUUCACUCCCUGUGUUUGCUAAGCCAUGACAGUGACUGCAUCCAAAAUGGCCCCCUAUUUCCUAUAUAGCGCACUACUUUAUGGGCUCUGGUCGAAAGUAGUGCACUGUAUAGGGAAUAGGGUGCCAUUUGGGACGCAACCCAUGUGAGUCCACAGAAUCACAUCAGUAAGUCUAGCAGCUGCCUUCUCUGGUAUCCUUAUGUGUUUCAACUUGGUCUGAUGUUCCCAACAAACCUUACAGACACACCGUCUGUAAAAGUCACAAGCUCUUCGUUAUCAUGGUUACUGUGGUGACCAAGUGUCCGUCCGCUGGCUGGAGCCCUCGGACACACAUACUGGACAUUUGCAGUCAGCAUCUCAUGGGGCAUGACCUAACAUGUUUGGUCUCCCUCCUAAAGCUUUUUUUUUUAGGGUUGAAUUUCACUCUUUCUUUUGUUCUGUUUCUUUUCAGAGAUGUUAAAAUGUUUCUGACCAAACUAAGACUGGUCCUCUUUCCCUUCUGACUUCUGACUAAGACAUCUGAAAGUGUGAAUCUCAUACAGUGGAGAGGGAUUGUGAUUAUUAUUCUUUUUUUUUAUUUUUAUGUAUGUGUACAGAGCAAAUGAAUUUUGAAACAAAGAUCUGUAAAUAGAAAAGUGUAAAUAAAUGCUAUAUAUGACCAAA